AUUUAAGGAUUUAUCUUAGCUGGAGUGAAGUCAGAGUGUGCCCGGCCAGACAUAAGUGAGGGUGUGGAAACGGUUUAAUCUAUCGUACAUUUCAAAAUGCCAGCUAACGUACUUUCAGAGAGGCUGAACAAUGUUACUAUUGAAGACAAGGAAAAUCAGGUCUCGAGUCCAAAGGCGAACAAAACAUCUAUCCUGAAAGAGAAGGUUCCAAAACAGACUGUUAAAGCGAGUCAUGCUAAGGUUGUUGCAAUUGACAGGGAGGCUGAACCCCUCUUGAGAGAGAACCCGGGACGUUUUGUCAUCUUCCCCAUCAAAUAUCAGGACAUCUUUCAAAUGUACAAGAAAGCUGUGGCAUCAUUCUGGACAGUUGAAGAAGUGGACUUGUCUAAGGAUCUUGGAGACUGGGAGAAGCUUAAGGAUGAGGAACGCCACUUCAUUUCUCAUGUCCUUGCAUUUUUUGCUGCUUCUGACGGUAUCGUUAAUGAAAACCUUGUAGAACGUUUCUGCCAAGAAGUACAAGUACCAGAGGCAAGGUGCUUUUAUGGCUUUCAGAUUGCCAUUGAAAAUAUUCAUAGUGAGAUGUAUAGUCUGCUUAUAAACACAUACAUAAAAGAUUCACAAGAGCAGAGCAGAUUAUUUAAUGCUAUUGAAACAUUGCCAUGUGUUAAGAAGAAGGCUGAUUGGGCUUUAAGGUGGAUUGCCAAUGACACUGCUACAUAUGCAGAACGUAUUAUUGCCUUUGCAGCAGUAGAGGGCAUUUUCUUUAGUGGCUCAUUUGCUGCAAUCUUUUGGAUGAAGAAGCGUGGUUUAAUGCCAGGCCUGACCUUCAGUAACGAACUUAUCUCUAGGGAUGAGGGAUUACACACUGAUUUUGCUUGCUUGAUGUUUAAGCAUUUGGUGAACAAGCCAGAUCAGGAACACAUACAGUCUAUCAUUGACAAUGCUGUGCAGAUUGAGCAAGAAUUCCUGACCGAUGCCCUUCCAGUGAACCUUAUUGGCAUGAACUGUGAACUAAUGCGACAGUACAUCGAAUUUGUUGCUGACCGGCUUCUCCAUGAGCUUGGCUGCAAGAAACUUUACAAUGUCGAAAACCCAUUUGACUUCAUGGAAAAUAUCUCUUUAGAAGGAAAAACUAAUUUCUUUGAGAAGAGAGUAGGUGAAUACCAAAAAUGUGGUGUAAUGAACUCUACAGAACAGCGUAGCUUCACAUUGGAUGCAGAUUUUUAAUAUAAGGAUCUACUUUUGCGAAGAAUGAAAGUAUUGUAGAAGCUUUUAUACUGUACUUUGUUUUUAUACUUCUUAUUUGGUUAAAAUGAAAUUUAAGUCAGUGUACACAAUUGACAAUCGUAAUGAAAUGUAUAUUUUGUAUAUCUCUAGUUUUUACUUCAUACAAUAAAUAUUUAUGCUUUUUUUA